CAUUCUGUUUUAAAGGAAAGAAGUCUCAUUUCAAAUCCUAGUUUCAUAUGGAAGUCUAAGAACGUUACUUCACCACUUCAUCCUAUUUCAGCGUGAAAUAAAGUGAUCUAUAUGGCAAGGUGGUCAAAAAAAUCUGAAAAUAAUGAAGACAUUACUUGCUUUGACCCAAUUGAGGAUCGGUUGGAUAAUGUGUCACAGAAGUCCCUUAUUCCACCCGGUAUAACUACUCCAAAAAAUGAAAGGAAACUGAAGUCUGCGAUUGCUGCCAUUGUUUUACUUUAUAUCAUCGUACUUGGUCUUCUAGUAGCUACUCUCAGGCUAAAAGGUCAGAUCUCCCAGUUUGAAAAAUACAAACACAUUUGCGAGGAAAAGCAUGAAGGAGAAGAUGGCAAAGAAUCAGAAACAGGAAGCCUCCAUGAUUACUCCAUUAUUUUGAGCCAGCUUAUACAAAACCUCUCUGACUGUAAAUCACAAUUUUCACUGAACUCAGCAAAACUGCAAUCUCUAAGUAAAAUAUUAAAUGAGAGCAUAUCACAGAGUCAGGAAAAGGACAAACGCAUGCAGGACAUACAAAAAACAGUAGGACAGUUAACCACUACACUAGAUGACAGCGACAAGAAAAUGGAUUAUAUAAACAUGACAUUUUCUGAAAAGGUUCAUAUUCUGAAGGAGGAAAUUGGUCAACAGUAUACAUACUUUCAGAAUGCAUCAUCAGAUAUCAACGUGGUAAAACAGCAGUAUAUGACAAUGCAACAAGAAAUGAAAGAGGAAGUGAAAACACUGAAUCAGAUUACCAAUGAUCUUCAGUUAAAAGACUGGGAGCAUUCUCUUACACUGAAAAACCUAACAAUAAUUCAAGGUCCUCCUGGUCAAAAAGGAGAAAAGGGUGACAAUGGCUUAGCAGGAAUAAUUGGAAGACCAGGACCCACAGGACCAAAAGGACCGCAAGGUUAUCCAGGACGGGGAACUAAAGGUGACUCAGGUGCCAAAGGUGAAAAGGGACAAAAGGGAGAAAAAGGAGAAAAAGGAGAAAAAGGAGAAGGAAAUUCUAUGACUGUGGCCCUCACAACUCCUUCUACUAAAUCAGAACCCACUGUUCGCCUCAUUGAUGGCUCUGAGCCUCACAAAGGAAGGGUUGAGGUAUUUUACAAUGGACAGUGGGGCACCAUAUGUGAUGAUCACUGGGAUGAUAAUGAUGGAAAAGUGGUGUGCAAGAUGCUGGGAUUUUCUGGAGUUUCCAAGGUUUCUAACAAAGCAUCCUUUGGUCAAGGGAAGUUCAGAAUAUGGAUGGAUGAUGUUAGAUGCACUGGAUAUGAAAGUUCCAUUGCAAAAUGUAACUUCAGAGGCUGGGGAAUCACAGAUUGCACACAUGCUGAAGAUGCUGGAGUGGAAUGCAUUAAAUAAAGUACAUCAUAUUAUAUUUGUUGUAUAAUUUUGUAACCCAGAAUAACUAAAUAUAAACAAGUUACUCUUUUUCUUUCAUCCAGAAUAUAAAAGAAAAAUCAUAAUCACAGCACAACAUUUUAUGCUGACAUAUUAAUUUGCAUUAAAAAUAAACAAUAAUCAAAAAUAUAUGGACAAAUUACAAUUUGCAUAUUAUUAUUAUUGUUGUUGGAAUCCAUAAUAAAAAGGCAAGCAGCUUGUUAAUGUGUA